AUGUCACUCGGUCGUUGUCGUGCCUACCACCGGCGUUAUUUCCGCCAUCAAUAUCAUCCAUUAGUUAGCACCUCAUCGACCAACCCCACAAAUCUCUCCACACCUCUCCACACUUCCCCCCCCCACACCUCUCCACAGCACAAUCACAAUGUCCUACUUCCCCCCGACCCCGACCCCCCCCGUCGAACCUACCUCCCCAAACCCCCCACCCCUCACACCCUCCUCAUCAAGCUCCCCCUCGCCACCUCCCUCAUCGCCAACCCCCUCCUCGCCUGGCAACACCACACCUAUGUCACCACCACCAUCAACCCCCUCCUCUCCCCCCCGCUCUCCACCAACCAAUCCCGCAUCACCCUCCGCGCCCACUUUGCAAUCCUCGUCACGCUCUCCCUCCUCCUCACCCUCUCCAACGGCAUCCUCGCAUCCCACUUUCUCCGCCACACCCUCGUCGCGCUGGCUAGUCUGCGCGAAUGGAUAGACCUGCGCUCGCCGCUGCGCCCCGCGCUCACAAAGUGCCUCUGGCGCACCUUCACGACGCUGGCGAUGCUGGUGGCCACGGCGGCGGCGCUGCUGUUUACGGUCGCGCAGUUUGUGAGCCCGUUUGUGACGCCCGGCGUGGCGUGGGAGCGCCGGUACGAGGGCGCGUGUGCUGCCGGGUUGGACGUGAGGGUUUUCUUGGACGCGGCGGACGCGCGCCCGGCGAGGAGUGUGCUGUUUGGGGAUUUGAGGAGCUUGGGGAGCUAUAGGAUGGCUAUGGAGGACGAGGAGGCUGGAGGAGAAGGGGGGCUAGGGGGUGGGGGUGGGGGUGGGGGGGGGAGGAGUAAUUUCUCGGUGGUCUCGGCGAGGGAUGGCCAUGGCGGGUUUGUGCCGAGGUUUGGGAGCGUGCUGUAUGAUGUCCCGCAGCGGCGACUGAGGGCGUACGACGAGGGCGGGGCGCUGGCGAUGGAGAGCGUGUUUGGGCUUGGGGAUGAGUUUGGGGUUGAGGCGCUGGGGCUGGAGGGGGAUGCGGGGCCGUUUGCGAGAAGGUGUGUUUUUGAUCCUACUGUGGAGGUGUGGGAGACGGGGAGAAGAAGGGAGGAGGGAGAUGGGAAGGGGACGGUGGUGAUGAGGACGGUGCAGUUCACAAUCUGCGGGCAGCUGCAGCUGUGUGCGCGGCGCGACCAGUGGGAUCGUGUGCAGGUGGUGGCGGGGCUGCUGAUGCUCAUGAGGAGGGAGAGGCCGUGUGGGUGUUGCAAGGGGAGUGUGAUCCCGGGGGUGGCGGGGAGGGAUGCGGGGUGGGAUGGGAAGGGGGUGCUUUGA